AACAAGUGAAUUUCCCCACUGCGGGAUCAAUAAAGUUCAUCUUAUCUUAUCUUAUAAUGUAGCCCAAUAGUUGCCACAUGUUGUUAAAUGAAAGGAUGUUAUUUUGCAUAGAGCUCUUUUGGUUUGCAUUUUAUUUGUGCUGAUACUACCACAGUAGUAAUAAUGAUGUCAAUGGAAUAUUGUAACAAAGCAGAGAUCUAUUUAUUUUGUAUGGACAUGGCAUGCGUUCUUUUUCUGUUUGUGUUUUGUUAGAUGUUAUGUCAAAAAUAAUAAAGAAAAAAACUAUAGUCGCAAUAGAUUGUAUGGAUACGAUUUAGAUAUAGGUUGCUUUUCCCUCGUUUUAUUAGACGGGCGCCAUGGUGGGCGCUCAUGAGAAUUUUUUUCAUCGGGACAGCCCCUUAGUGUCUCAGAGUUUUAGUCACGUGUAAGCGGAGUGCACCGGUGUGCUACAUAUUAAAUUAAGCGCUCCCUCGUUGAAGCGCGCACUUCUCCAGUCAAAGGCAUCAGAUCGGCACAGCACCGCGCCCACAUGCAAGCAGCUGCAGUCAGCUCUGAAGCUAUGGCAGAAAUGGAUAGAACGGGUUUGGCAUCCACCGAUGGCAGGUCUGAAUGCACAGGUGGUGUGACUGUGAGCCUCGACACUAGAAAGAAGAAAGGGAUUACAAGACGUCGUGACUUCAGUCGACUCCUAAAGUUAAAAAGGCAUCAUAAGAUUUGUGAGGACCGCUACAUCAGGGCCUCUGAGGAGCUGAAAAAAAAAGAGAGAGAGAAGAACUUAUCUCUAUUGCAUAUCUUUGCAUCAAACAAGCACCACAGCUCCAGUGACAGUGAGAACACUGUUGUCCUUGGCCCCACCGAGGAUGCUGAUGAGGACACAACAGUCCCUGAGCUCACAAGGACUGACAGCAUAGUUCUUACCAGACAAAUGCUUGGGUACACUGAGAUCAUCGAAGAGGGAUAUGUUCCUGAAACAGAAAGUGAUAGCUCAGCAGAAGAGGACGGCAGAGGCCGGCUGUACAAGAAAAAACGUUCUGAGAAAGUAGCGAUAAACAGUAAUGCAUCAGACACUGAAGAUGAGGAUGACUCGACUAUGAAGAUGUCUCAGCAUCCUUCACAGCAUCCUUGAACCUGAGGAGGAGCCUCAGACAGCAGUAGCACAGCAGCACGACUCUUCUGACUGCAGCCAUCCAGCUAGCAGUAUGUGAGGAGCAAGCACAAGUGUCCCAUUUGUGGGGAACUGUAUAUAGUCCAACACCUGAGAAGCAUAGAAGAGGUGGUCAACAAAACAGAGUUGAGUCUUCUGAGCAAGUUUUCUCACAGACAGUGAGUGUCCCGUUUCCUCUUAAGAAAUGUGUAACCCAGAUGUAAUUCCAGUUACUAAGUUUACUAUAAGUGUAUUAUUAUUGUUUGUAUUAUUUGGGGUGUAGUGCCCUUUAAGGGUUAGGAUGGCACCCUAUGACAUGUUUUUACGACAUGUCGGGUGAGUUACGAUAGCGCCCCUGUGAGAAUCGCAAGCUCAGACAGCUAGGGCUCCACAGUGUAUGUUCCCUCUGUGUGCUCUGCUCAUCAGGUCAUGUUGUGUUUUUCCUAUUCGUCGUGUGGUGUAAGAGACUGCUGCGCAUGUCUUGUGGCGUCUAAGGAAGACAGCUGCCAGCUGCCAUCGCUGGGACAUCGAUUUCCCUAACUCCUUUAACAUACACACACGACUUCCUCACAUAGAGCUCUAUGAACAUAUUUAGUACUUUUUGCUGGCGAGCAGUUCUAUUAAUUUUUUUUCUCAAAGGACAAUUAAAGGACACAAUUGUGAACUAUUUCCUUUUCUUGGAUUGAAGACCAUUUCGGAUUUCAUUUCAUUUCAUGGACUGAGAAAAGGACUCAAACUAACAGAAAAUGGGUACAAGUUUGAUAUUAUCCAUACAGAAUUUAAUUUUCUAUAUUACUUGAUGAAAGUGUGUUUUCUAUGUUUAGACUGUUGGCGUUGUUGGAAGAAUGGGGUAUGUUGCAUUUCAGUCCAGUUUGAAUUUCAAAAUAAAUCUGGAUCAAUAGUACACUGCUAUAAGGGCUCUGCUUAUUAAAUCGUGCUUACUGGUGCUACAGAUGCUCUUGAAGAGGCUUUUAAUGGUGCUUUUUCACCACCAAUGAAAUAGGGUCCAAUAU